GUGGCAUGCACUGAAUCCUUGGACCUAAAUAAAUACCCCCUUUGUGUUCCACCCCACUUUGUUCUCUCUUCUCAUCACUACUAUCCUUAACAAAAGCUUCUCCAGUUCUCAUUUCCCGUCUCUCAUUUUGCUUUGCCUUUGAAGGAACCCAAAAAAAAAAAAAAAAAAAAGCCCUCCUUUUUCCUUCCCCAUAUUUCUCUCUUUUCUUUUCGUUUCCUUUUUGUAUUGGAUAAAAACAUAUAGAGCUAGCAAGUAAGUUUUAUCACCAACCUAAUAAUGCCAGGGGAAACUGCCAACGGGUCAGACAUAUUCGACGGUCCAGAUCGUUCCAAAGAUCAUAAUUUCGGCCCUCGAGAUUUUCGUGGCUUGCCAUCUUUGAUGUCGUUUUGCUCUCCAAUUACUCUCAAGUUCAUAGACGUCACGUACCGUUUGAAACUCGAGACGAAACACAAACCGGGAGGGACCGUCAUCAGCCGUCGGAUAUGCGGCAACGACCCUUCAUCACAGCCGUCGGAUCACCAGAUUACCACCGAGAGAACCAUCCUGCAUGGGAUCACAGGCAUGGCGAUCCCGGGAGAAAUCCUGGCCAUUCUGGGCCCAUCAGGAAGCGGCAAAUCAACGCUCCUCAAUGCACUCGCCGGACGGCUUAUCCAAGGACAGGGAUGCACCGGAACAGUCCUCGCCAACAACAAAAGACUGUCCAAAUCUGUACUAAGGAAAACCGGAUUCGUCACCCAAGAUGACGUACUCUUCCCACACUUAACCGUCCGCGAAACCCUAGUUUUCUGCUCCCUUCUUCGCCUCCCGAAAACCCUAACCAGAGCCGAUAAGGUCUCCGUCGCCGAGUCGGUGAUGUCGGAGCUGGGAUUGGAUAAGUGCCAGAACACCAUAAUCGGGAACACCUUCAUACGUGGAGUCUCCGGCGGGGAGAGAAAGAGAGUGAGCAUUGCUCACGAGCUGAUAGUAAACCCUAGUUUGUUGAUUCUGGACGAACCGACAUCGGGGCUCGAUUCGACGGCGGCGUACCGGCUGAUGACGACGCUGGGGGCGCUGGCACAGAAGGGGAAGACGGUGGUGACGUCGAUACACCAGCCGUCGAGUAGGGUCUACCAGAUGUUUGAUUCGGUUCUUGUGCUUUCGGAAGGGAAAUGUUUGUAUUAUGGAAAAGGGGCCGACGCCAUGCCGUAUUUCGAGUCCGUCGGGUACUCGCCGUCUUUCCCCAUGAAUCCGGCGGACUUCCUGCUUGAUCUCGCCAACGGUGUCUUCCAACAUGAUGGUUUAAGCGAAAGAGAUAAGCCUAACACCAAGCAAAACCUAGUUUCCUGCUACAACACCUUGUUAGCUCCAAAGAUUAAAGCCGCUUGUACGGAAAGUACUGCUAAUACUAAUUCUACCAAAGAAGCAUCUUUGAGCGAUAACCAAUCUUCCAAAGAUAAACUAGCAAGUAGUACUACAAGUUGCUGUAGAAUCGGCUUUUCGACUUGGUUCAACCAUUUCAUCAUUUUGAUGCAAAGAAGCCUCAAAGAACGAAAGCACGAAGCCUUCAACACCCUAAGAGUUUUCCAAGUAAUCACCGCCGCGAUUUUGUCCGGCCUAAUGUGGUGGCACUCCGACUUCGUCAACAUCCAAGACCGCCUCGGCCUCCUCUUCUUCAUCACCAUCUUUUGGGGCGUCCUCCCAUCUUUCAACUCCGUUUUCGCCUUCCCUCAAGAGCGCGCAAUCCUAAUGAAGGAGCAGGCUUCCGGCAUGUACACCCUUUCAUCGUAUUUCAUGGCGCGAAUCGUCGGUGACAUGCCGAUGGAGCUCGUCCUCCCCACAAUCUUCCUCAUCGUCGCCUACUGGAUGGCCGGGUUGAAACCCGAAUUCGGUGCUUUCCUCUUGACCUUGUUGGUGCUUCUCGCAUAUGUCUUAGUUUCUCAAGGACUUGGCCUUGCUUUAGGAGCUGCAAUCAUGGAUGCCAAACAGGCUUCAACCCUAGUAACGGUCACAAUGCUGGCCUUCGUCUUGACCGGCGGAUUUUACGUGCACAAAGUGCCGUUUUGUCUGUCAUGGAUCAAGUACGUUUCAACCACUUUUUACACUUACAGGCUUCUGAUUAACGUCCAAUAUGGGGAAGGAGAAAAGAUCUCGGCUUUACUCGGUUGCUCUCGCCGCCAUGGAAGCGAAGAUCAUUACAAUAAAGCGAGUUGCAAAUUCAUUGACGAAGAUGUUGCAGGACAGAUUAGUCCUAUGGUCAGUAUCUGUGUCAUGUUGUUUAUGUUUGUUGGGUACAGGUUAUUGGCCUACCUUGCUUUGAGGCGAAUUAAAGUCUAAUUUGAUCACACAUAAUUUGGAUAAUUAGAGUUAGGUUCUGAUCAUGAAGAUCUUGUUCUACACGAGAACAACUUCUCGCAAUUGUAAGUGUUCCAAAAUGGAGUUCAAAAGGAUGAAGAAAAGGAUAUAUAUAUGCAUUUCUUUACGCUCAUUUCCGUUCCAUUGGUGGAUCCCGGGAUUUUCAAAAUGACUACGGAAAUGGGAGACUGUGAUGGCACCAAUAAUCUCCUUUU